GGUACUCCUUUACAGGACCUACAGCUGCGUGUAUCAGAGCGAGCCUGAGAGCGAGCAUUUUUUGCUAGCUACCGAGCGACCCCAUCUGAUAUACACGGAUAUUUUCACUCGAUUUUCUAAAGCCUUUCCACCUUCCAACGACUUGUGCACCUUUAUCCCUUCACCUGGACCUUUGGGACACACAUCUGACAGGAGACCGUCCCAUCUUUCUUCCACAGAGCAGCAGGACUUGGUGCGAAGCACGAUGCCUCGUGGUAAGUCCUAUCGCCGCUCUCUGGCAGCCAAGAAGCGAAUGGCAGAGCAGCGAAGCGCUGGCGUUGAACGCUUCAACGCCAGUCCCUAUGGCUCCAGCAAUGCCAGUGCACGGCAUGGUACUGGGUACCGCCAUCCCGUGCAGAAAUGGCCAGUUUCGUCGCUGUCCGGGAAGCAGCACAAACUGGUGUUUAUGCCCGAGUCUCCUGACAAGAAGUUUGUUCUUCUUGUGGGUGAUUCCCACCUUCGUGCCAUCGCCGACCGGCACGUGUCCAUGCCAGAGGGAAGGUUUUCCUUUGGCAUCAUGUCUACACCCGGGGGCGCUGCUCAUGAUUUGAGGGCUGAGCUUGUGCACGCUCACGUCCCUCGAACUCCUGAUGCAGUUUGUCUUCUGGCCCCAUCCAACAACCUCACACAUUCCAGGACCAUCUCAGAUGCUGGUGCCGACUUCACCGAGCUUCUGAAUGCUGCCUGCAAUCGGUGGUCCAACGUUGUAGUGGUGGAUUUCCCCCCCCGCUUCAACUGCGACCAGCAGUACCAAGAACUGCUGCGCCAGGAAUUCCACAGGGUUUGUGUCCGCUUGGGUGUGCGGUAUUUUCCAACGGCAUGUCACUUUCCGUUGGAGAACACAGACCUGUGGGCUAGAGAUGGCAUUCACCUGUCAGAACCUGAGGGCAUGAGCGUGCUAUCACAGCUGAUGUGGCAGGCUGUUUACGUUACACUUGACACAGUGCCACAACCCCCCGCUGUGAAAGCACCCCUCAGACCACUAGCACCAUGCAUCAAGCCAAAACUUGUUGUGAAGGGUGAGGACACUCCACCACGUCCUCCGGUGAACCCCUUCGUGUGGCGCACUGUUCAAAGGGGCAAAGAGGGGAACUCAUCAGGGGAGCCUGGCCGGUCCUCUGGUGUGCUUCCUCAGAGAAGGAAGGUACAGAAGCAGGUGGUGAAGGAGUGUACCAUCCCGCUAAACCCAGUCUGGUUUAGCUUUGCCCUGUUGGAUGAGAUGGACAAGCUUGUGCCAUCUCAUCUCCCUGGUACCGCGGUUCCAGAGGGCAAGCAGAAGGCCUUUGUGGAGCGCAGGAGGAGUGCUGCCUCCAAGAGGAGUCGGUCCGACCGGCAGGCGGAGGCAGUACCUAGCGUGGUAGAUUUGACAGCCAGGGUCACUUCUACCACGUUCAUGCGGGAGACGGCGGAGGCGGAGGAGGCGGUUCCGAGUGUUGUGGGAGCGUCCCCCGAGUCCCCUGUCCAGUCCCCUGACCAGGCUGCGCCGGUGGAGGGUCCUGACCACCCCCAUCGCACUCAAAGGCCCGUCAAAGGUCAGAGUGUUGCAGCUCCAGUUUGCAUGUGUUCUGAGCAGUUGCCCCCACCUUUAGUUUCAGGCAGUAGUUUUGUAGGUCAGUACUCUGACGUGAAUACCUUGCUCACUUGCAGUGCUGUGGCUGCAAUCAAACACACGAUUGCACCUGUGUGUACAUGGCGUCGAAGGGACAUAGACGAGGUCAGGUCAGAAGGGACUAAGUUGGUGGAGUUUCUGGUUGAGGAGAGUAAGAAGGUUCCAGCAGGAGAAAGGGAGUUGUGUACGCUUAUUGAGAAGCACACAGUCUUUGGCGGGAAGUGGAGCGUUGACAUUGGUAGGCCAGAGUACUUUGUAGUGAAGCCACCAGGGGAGGACACACUUGUGUCUGAGAAGCUGCAGGAUCUGUUGUUGAGGGAUGGCAUGUGUCUUUUUGGUGUUGAUGGUCUUGCUACUGCAGUGAUACAACACAAAGAUUACAUUGUUGUUGUUGACUGCAGCACACGUGAUGCCAGUGGUUCUGAUCCUAGCUGCAGCAGAUCUGUGGCUGUGUUCAACACAUGCCUGAACGACCUGAUGUUUCACAUCAGGGGUCUGCAGAAGUCUUUCAACGCACAGACGUAUGUUGUGCCAGCAUGUCUGUGAAGCCGCUUGAUGUUGGACUCGGUGUUGAGACUGUUUCAGAGGUUGCAGACAGUGAUGAUGACAUGCAAGUUGCAGGUGAGGUUCAGGAGAGCAGCUCAGUCAGGUCUGCAUGUCAUGUGAGAUCAGUGCAGGGAACUUUUCAUCAGGGAGAUGAUCAGUUUGAGUUUGGAGGAUUUCAGUGUAUGGCCAUAAGCCUCGUUGGAAUGGCGAAACAUACAACUGACAGUGUGUUUUCAUGGCAGUCCAAGACCUUGGAUGAUGUUGUCGUGUCAGGGGACAAGUUGUAUGCCUCUUUAAGGAAGAACAACUUGAUCAGUGAUAAAGUAUCACUCUUUCUUUGUGUUCCUGAUCUGCCCAAACAGCAUGUUAUUGAUGGGCAGAGCUUCAACUUUGAGUACGGUGACUUUGUAAGUGGACUGGUAGGUGUGGAUGAAGGUCCCACUAUUGAGCUAGGUGUACAUGUGAGCUUGAAAAGGGGAUUGACAGACAUGUUCACUCAAUAUGACACAUGUCUGUUGACAGUGCAGGGUAGCACUUGUGCUAUCGUUCAUCAGGGUGGACGGUAUGCAGUGGUUGAUUCCCAUGCUCGUAGUGUUGAGGGAAUGUUGCAUGGUAACGGGAAGAGUGUUGUUGUCUAUUUCAGUUGCAUUGAUCAUGUCUAUGAUCACAUAUGCAAGUUGUCACGCAUGUUGCCAGUAGGUCACAAGCAGUUUGAGAUAGCUGGUGUUCGUGUGUCUCUCCCAGGGUUAGUUGACGGUGAUAAGUCAUUAGGACAGUCAGUAACUGUAGAAACCAGAAAGAGCGUGUUUGGAAGCAGUGUCUCUGAGGAGUCCAGCGGUCAGCCAGAGGUCAGCUGUAGCAGCAGUGUGAGGGCAGAGAAGCGUAAGAGGUCAGCAGGAAGUUUUCUGUCAAAGAAGUUGAAAAGGAGUGAUGUAAUGGAAGUUGAUUCAGAUGUUGUGUUUGUUAGUGAUGUGGCUAGUAAAGGACUGCAGUUUAAUCCUCUUCUUAGGGAAGUUGCAGAAGCAUUGUGUAAACAGUUGAACUUGGAGUCAGAGAUAGUUGAUGCAGUAUCUUCAGAUGUUGGUCAGUUAGGAGCUCCGUGUAAGAAUGACAGUAUACAUGGUGAUGGAAAUUGUUUCUUUCGAGCAGUCAGUCAAGCUGUGAGUGGUACCCAGAAGAAUCAUAGGAAAGUUAGACUUGCAGUUGUGAAGCAGAUAGAAAGUAAUGUAGCAAAGUACAAGAGUCUUUUGAGGAGUGAGUUUUCUUCUGUGGCAGAGUACCUUAGGAAGUCAAAAAUGCAGUAUGUUGGCAGAUGGGCUACAGAGGUAGAGAUUCAAGCAGCAGCAGAUUGUUUAGGUGUCAGUAUAUUUACUUAUCAUCAGGGUCGCUGGCUUGAAUAUAGUUGUAGGAAUAGACAGUUUUCAAAUCAGGGAGUCUAUUUAGAACAUUGUAAUGACAAUCAUUAUGAGACUGUUGUUUGUGUUCAACAGCCUCAAAUUCAAAGUUGCUUUGGCUACUGCAGAGUGGAUGAGUCUUGUAGGACAGAUUACAAUAUAAGACAGCGUAAAGGGAAAGAUAGUGCUAGUUUGGGAGCUUCCAUUUCAGCUGCAGGUUUAGAUGUAGAGCAUGUAGAAGGUGAUGUCACAAAACAGCCUCAGCAUAGUACAUUAUCAAAGUUUUUGAAAAGGAAGAAAAAAUUUGAUGAGAAAAUGAAAUGCCAGGAAUUGUUGCAUGGUCAGAAAAGAAAAGACAGUAGAAAAAAUGAAAUACCAGGAAAAUGUGUUGCAUAGGGAGAAAGUAAAAAUAAUAAGUAUAGAAAGGAGUAAAACAAAAUACCAGACAGAUGUGACGCAUAAGGAGAAAAUUCAGAAAAUAAGUAAAAUAAAUUAUGAGGAUCUUUUGCAUAAAGAGGUAGUAAAGACAAGGAGUAAAGUCAAAUAUCUUGAGAAUGUUUUG